CAACUAUGGCGGAAGAGGCUAUCGGCGAGACUUUUUCAGCCUCCGAAAAAAACGUUGUAGUUUACGGAGCUGAAAUACUUUAAAAUCAUAUGAUCCCCCAUGGAUAGCAGUGGCGAUCUAGAGUGUAUCUUGUUCUGUGAAUUCCAUCCUAUUGCAGGACCUAAAAUCGUUUACCAGGUUAAAUGUUUGACACUUUACUAGCUGGACUUGAACUGAUCUGAUUGCGGUCGCUUGAAAAGCCCAAAUAUUCUUAAUCUUCUCGACUUUCAGGUCCCAAAAGAAUUCAUCUCAAAGGAGGAGUUUGAUUGCGUAGCUGUGUACAUAAUCCCGAAACCUGAGCUGCAGAGCAAGCUGAUCACAGUGUAAGUUGGUAACUCACUCUACAGGUAGUUUUCGCUCAUCCGAAAACGGUGGUGAGGAGGGGGGGGGAAGGAGGGGACAUAUUGUACCAGACAUAUCACCCAUCAGUUAUCACAGCUGCUGUAAAGACAGUUUUCUAAAUUAUUUUAUGGGACGAUUCCUUCAUACCUGUUUUUUAUUGCCAGAACAAUUUUCUCUUAAAUGCAGGGAUGUAGAUAAUAGCCGGAAGCCGGGAAAAUUACCCGGCUGUGAACGUGAUUUUUCCGGCUGUGAAGCACUACUUCUUUCUCCAAAAUGUUUUUAAAUGUUGUCAGAAAAUUGUUAUUUAUUUAUUUCAUUUUUUUACACCUUCAAUUCUAGGUAUAGCGUGCCAAAGGCACGCUAGAGUAGGCCUUCGGCCCAAAUACCCGCCUAUCAUUGCAAGAUUUCCGCCUGUUAAAAACUUUAGCUACAUCCCUGUAAAUGUUAAUUAAUACUUUAGAUGUCAUGACUCUUAAAAUCUAGUUGAAGUUAGAUAGGGCAUGAAAUUCUUUUCCUAUUGUAAAAUCAGGAUUUUUAUUAAUUUUUUAUUUUUCCUUUUUUUUAGGAAUGCUCUUGAUCACAAGUUUGUUGGUUGUCCAAUCAGUAUAGAAAAUGCCAAGUAUUCCCGCAAUGCCCUUGUUUUCAAUGUAUGUUUUGUUCUCCGCCCUACUGUUGACACAAUUCGCUUUGAGGGUGUGGUCAAGAAAUUGGCAGGAUAUAUGACAUCACUUGAGGUAAUGAACCCUUUACACAUUAAUAUCAGUGUAUAUAUUCUCCUUAUUGAUCUCCAUACAUGACCUAAGGUGCUGAAAAGGAGAAUUUGUUUAAUGUCUUUAGUUGGUGAUUAUUUUCUAUAUUCUUGCAACCUUAAUGUGUGAUUCAGGGGUGAUAUUGUGAAGAGAAAUUAGUUGCUAGUCACUCUCAGGGGUUAAAGGGUUGAGAGAAGAAAAAUAUUUUAUCAUAAUUUGACAGUUUCCCUCAAUCCAUUUGCUUAUUAACUGAACUGAACUGUUUGCCUCUUUCCGUACCUGACCUUCUUUACAUUAUGGAGGCUACAAUGAUGUAUAAAAUCAUAAACACCUUUGUUCCCCAGUAUUUGACCAAGCUUUAUCAUAUUUGUUCCAAAGUGUAUAGAUAUAGUACUAGGAACAGACAGCUUAAGCCUACCCAAAUGCAGCACCUCAUUCACACAACAAUCCUUUAUACAUCAUGCAGCAAGAGUUUGGUACACUGUCCCUUCUAAUAUCCAGUCUAGUUUCAAUGUAAAUCUAUUUAAGUUUAAUUUAAAGAAAUGUUUAUUGUCCAAGUUUUUAAAUAGCUAGUUUUAAUCAUUAUUAUCCUUAACUAAUAUAAUUGUUCUAAUAGUUAAUAUUAAUAUUGUACUUUGUAAAUUUCAACUAUAUUAUUCUUUACAUCUUAAUGUAAAUUUAUCAGGAAGAUCCUCCUCAAGGAGGGUUAAUAAUGUCUAAAAGUGUAUUUGUAUUUGUAUUUGUAUGUUUGUUGUUUCCUUUCAGCUUGAGUAUGGACUAAUAUCACAAGAGGAAACAAAAACUUCUCUUCCAUCCAUACUUUCAGACAUCUUUGUUGAGCUCAAUAAAAAUGGGAAAUGUACAAUACAAAUAGGUAAAAUUAUUUUUGCUGAUUUAAUGAGUCAAAUACUGCUAUCAAAGGCACACUCUUUUCAAAGAGUUUGUGUCAGUAAAUCAGAUUAUUUUGAGUGCAAUUUGGAAUAAAUAAGCAAGUGGAAUAAAUUUUUCAAAGUAAUUAAAUAUUAUCAACAGAGUUGAUAAUGUAAAUUUGCCAAUGUAAAGAGUUUCAAAGCUGAUAUUUCAAGUGUUAGCCCUUUGUCAUAGUGAUGCAAUGUCAGAGCUUUGAAACUCUUUACAGUGGCCAAUUUACGUUAUCAACUCAGUUGAUAAUACUAAAUUACCUUGUUAUACUCUCCCACCGACGCAGCACCACAGUUUCUUAACCCUGUAGCUCCCAGAAGUGAUUAAUAUGUAACUUCUCCUUACAAUAUCCAUACAUUAUCUAGCAAACAGGUAAUGAGAAUACCCAAACUUAUCUGGUAGAAGUUAUUAUCUUGAUCAAGCAUCAAAUCCUCAUAACUAACCUACAAAGAAAUGUGUAGCAGCCAGAGGGAAGAACUGGCAAUUGGAUCUUGAGAGUUAAAGGGUUAAGAAACUUACCCCCUUUAUACAUUUCCCAAAGACUAUCACCGGCCAAAAUCAGUGUAUUAACCCAGGAGAUCACAAUGCAUGGUUUAUUUAUUAAUUCCACUGGUUUCAUUAAAAUAUGGUACCAAAUGGUUAGUUUAGAAAAGUCUUCCUCAGAAAAUUUUAAAGUUCUAGGUUCUUACUGUAGCAUUUUCCUGUGUUUUGAGGUAACUUACAUUUUAUGUUGUGAAACUUAACCUUUUUCUGUUGUCAACUCUUUCUCCUUCUUUUCCUUUAGAUGAGACUAACACUAUUCAUCUGAAAUGUAAUGUAGCCUCUAGCACUGAAUCAUACUCAGUGUUGGAUCAUCAAGUGCCAGUGUUCAUUUGUAAUAAGGAUGCUUUGACAUCUUCUGAGUGGGAUAUUACAACACAACAGGUCAAUAAUCUUGGUAUCUUUCCUUUAUACUUCACACUGUCUUACAACAUGUCAUAGGAAAGGGGGAAGGAGUUUAGUUAUCUUAAAUGAGAGGAUACAUGAACAAAACAAAACAAAACAAAAAACAGGAAGUGAUCUAUCACAGACUACUACACCCUGGCCUGUAGAUUCUCCUUUUUAGAUUGCCAUGUAUUUCCCUUUGAAACGUAGGGAGAAAUUUGUUUCAUCAAACGUUGCUCACUGUAGGACUUUGUUCCAGACACCUUUUCUUUAACAACUAACUGCUGAGUGUCAAUGACACUUAGUUUUUUUUACUGGAAAUUUGUAUUCAAGGUUUCUAUUAGCUGCUAACAGUUUGACUAAAAUAUUUCAUUAUCCUAGAUUCUGCCAUAUAUUGAUGGUUUCAAUCAUGUCCAAAGAAUUGCUGGUGAAGCAGAUGUUGAGAUCAGUCUUGUGCGAAUGUGUAUUCAGGACAUGGUGUAUGAACAACUUUAUUUUAUUAUUUUUUUAAUGAAUAUAAUUGAUUUUGAUGCUAAACUUUCAAUAGGGCCCUUUUCAGCUGCAUGUCAAAAAACCAUUAUCAGUACUAAAGCAACUACCAGGGCUAAUUGGAAGAAAGGAAUUUAUCUUGCACAGUCGAUGAGAACUCAAAGUAAAACUGACCAAACUGCCUAUUUAAGUGCAGAAAUAUGUGGGUAACCAAGUCUUGAUUGCUCUUAGUUUUGCAUCUGAUUGGUUGAGAAAGUGGCAUGAGUUUUCUAGACCAAUCACCAUCAAAGCAAAGUGCAAUCUCAGAUAAAUUUGAGCAAUCAAUCAAAAGGGUCUCUGAUAUAUAGACAGUCAAAUUUUGUGUUAGGAAGGCAGGCAGAAUCAGUUAGGUUCAUUUUUUUUUAACUCUUUAACUCCCAUGAGUGACCAAGAGAGAAUUUCUCCUUACAAUAUCAAUACAAUAUCAACCAGAUAAGUGAUGAGAAUAAAAAAAAUAUCAAUUUGGGGAUAAUUACUUGAUCCGAUACUAAAUUCUCUGAACUAACAUUAUAAGAAUUGUAUGGUUGACAGUAAGGAGAAUUACAAAUUUGAUCUGGGAGUGAAAGGGUUAAUGCCAUUUGAACUAAGAAUGAGCAAAUUCUUGCCAGAGUUUCAUUAGAAUACAGAAACUUUCAUAUUUAUCACCCAUAAUUAACUCAUGGUUUAUAGUAACCUGAGCAAUUUGUUCAAAUCUUAAAGAUGCAACUGUUCUUUUAUUUCACAGUCAGCAUAAAGUGGUGAAGUUAAUUCCUAUUUUUCAGGCAAGUAUUUUCAUAUUUUGUUUAUUGCCAAUUAAUGUGUUCUAACACAGCACUGUAGCAUCCCAAGGACCUAAACUCUAUCACAAAAAAAAUUUGGAAUACUCUUACUAGUGCUGAAACACGUUAAGUCAACAAUCUGACAUUACCAGUAUUUUGUCUUUUUUCUGUGAUAUUUGAUCUAACUUCAUUCAACCCUUUGACUUCUAAGAGUGACUGGCAUCUAAUUUCUCCACACAAAAUCACCCUUAAAUCAAGUAUGAAGGUGAUGAGAAUAAUGGAAAUGAUCACCAAUUUAAGAAGCUCCUGAUUAUCACACAAAUUCUCCUUGUCAUUAUUGAGGAAACGUAGUGAGAACAGUGUGGAGAAUAUUGAUACUAAAAAAAAAACGUUAGGAUGGAAAGGGUUAAUCAAAUGUAUACCAAUUGUGUUUCAGUACUCCAAUGUGUACAUUCCAACACCAGAAAUAAAUCAGCUAACUCACGAUAAGAGAUUACAAGAGGAAUGUCUCGACUACGUUGGAAAAAAGGGUAAGAAUGGUAUGUUAUUUUAUUGAAAUCAUCACCCAUGGAGAGUUUAACAGGAAAGGUAGCCAAGAGAUUCUCCUUAAAAGACAAUCAGGGGCCAAGAGGCCCAGUGACUAAACUGCAUCUCGCUGAGCACAAAAUGACCAGGACUAUUGCUACUCUUCCCCCCCCCCAUCCUCAGAUGGGAUGCCAGUCCAUCACAGACUACCCUUCCCUUCCUUACUUCCUUAAAGUAUUUUUUUUAGGUUCAUCCCAAAAGUUUCUUUUGUGGUAUCUCUUUGCUUUACUCUAGUGCACCAUCCUUUAGGUACAAGGGAUAAGGAGAUCUAAUUAAUUACAAACAAUAUUACAAUAAUAUUUAUAGGUCGAACUCUGCCUUCAUUCCGUGAUGUCUUUAUGCUGUAUUGCGGGCUCAGUCCAGGGGCAACCGUGAGAGAUCUGUGCACAAGAUACAAUCCUGGUAAUCUGCGCGUUGAUGAGAGGUAAUGACUAAUUUUUCAGCUUAGGGUGUCCUAAAGACUCUUUCACAGUCACUGAAAUUAGUCUUUUUUAUGACUACUGUCAUUCGCACGAUCGCGCUACACAAUCAAAUUAAACUUCUGAAAAAUUGUUAACCAAAUGUAAUUUUGUCCUGUAGGCGAUUGAUACAAUUCGGUAUGGUGACUGGAAUUAUUCGCCGUCUCCACAAAUACCCAGUACAACUGACAACACCCAAGACUGCCUCAUUACCAAAAAGCCAUCACAGGAUGAGAGGCAGACAUCGAGAUUCAGAUGCUAACAGAUUGAAACUUACAGCCAAGUGAGUUAUAAUAACAGUGCACCUCAACAGAUAUGCGCUAAUGAUUUAGUAAACAACGGCGAAAUGCAAAUCAGGGAAAACAGGGCAAGUUAAGUUGGCGAUCAAAAGACUGAAAAAGUUUUAUUUUGGUCAAAUUCCAAGAGCAAACUCUGCAUAGUUCAUUUCGCAGUAUGAUUUCCAAUGAGUAAGAAAAGAAGAGUUUUGAUGACUAAGGAAACCUUCGCCGUCAUGUACAUAACUCAGUUAGCGCCAACUUUUAUCAUUUGACAGAUGGUUGGAUGGAAAUCACAGUUACGAUGAAAUAUGCUGUAAAACAGG